UAUUUUAUUAAAUACUUUAUUACUUUAUAAAUUUUCAUUUAGACUAGUGGCACAAUUAUUUGGAUUGGUUUAAAUGUUUAAUGAAGGGGCUAAUAGAUAAUUCUAAAUUACGUAAUGUACUGUAAUAUAUUUUAUGCGAAUAUUAACUUUUGUAUGUGUGUAGUCUAUACUUUUGUCAGCAGGCCUGCAUAAUGAAAGCGCUUGAAGGAACUUCCCCUUUAAGAGCAUGUCCCUUUAAGAAACUUCACCUGGACACACCUGAACUUCCACCACGGGAGUUACACUUCAAAAGAGGAAAUAAAACAAUCCAGAAAUCUCAACCUGCGCUGAAGUCUGGAAUUUCUGUCUUUAGGCCCUGGGACAAUGGAUAAGGGCCCUCCUGGACCAGUAGCGGUUCCCCAAACCCCCCAAUGGGUAGCAGAAGUGGACAAGUUAACAAAGGAUGUGAACAGCACUGAGGAUGAAGAAGAGCCGAUGAAGUCUGCAAAAAUGGAACCCAGUACCCUACCAUGGCCUGAGAACAAACCCGAAACACAGAUUCCCCCAGUCCGUGAUGGUGAAACUACAAGCGUGAGGUCCGAUUGCACUUCUCUCCGUGGUGGUCUCAGCCGGACCGAGAGCGAGCGAGAAGAGUUCAUGAUGAAAGAGAAGAGGAAGACUGGUGAGGAUUGGAGGGAGAUGGAGGCUGGGAAAGAAGAGAGAGUUUCUGACAUUGGACUGAGAAACGGGGUGAAAAGCACCCUUACUGAGAUCGAGUUGGAAGAGGUCAACACAAUGCCGGAGAACGCAGCUCGAGUCUUCAGCCCCAGCAUCACCAUCCUGCGCUCCACCAGUCAGCAGGAGGCUGCAGAACACUGGAGAGAUCAAGAAGAGGAAGCGAGAAGCCCCUUCCUUGGGUCACAUGGGACACAUGGCACACCGCUAGAAGAGUAUUACCAGGACUGGCCGGAUACACACAGAUCACACUGCUGUAACUGUGGUUGCUGUAACCGUGAUGCUCUUAAACUGGGAGCUUCCAUGUUCACUUCAGCUUUGAUCUUCCCCUUGUUGGUGUGGGGUGGCUAUGUUUUCCUGCCCUUUGAUGCUCCUCUACUGGACAGUGCCCCCCUAAGGCUGGUCUACACCCUGCGCUGCUCAGUUUUUGCAGUCAUACCAAUUGUUCUUGGUAUGUUGGUUCUUGGCGUGUCCCGUCUGUGGUAUCGCUCCUUGAAACCGCGGUUUGAAGGGGAGAAGGAAGUUAAGCAGGUUGCUGUUCAUCAGCGUUAUGUGGAGGACUCCAUCUCGCUUUUCCUGCUUUACUUUCUCCAACUGACUGUCAUGGCUGCCUACCUGAAUCAGGAUCUGCUUAAACUUAUUCCCCUCCUCACCAUUGUUUUUGCCUUUGGCAGAUUGCUCUACUGGGUCGCAGCAGCGUGUGGCAGCAGUUUGAGAGGCGUCGGCUUUGGCUUUUCGUUUCUGCCCAUGUUGGUUAUGCUGGUGGCCAACAUCUACUUCAUCUUCCUCUCCGAAUCUGCAGGCUCAAUCUUUGCCCCGAACAUCCCAGAUCCACCUGUUCCUUCCAACAAACAGAGGUUCUGGGGAUAAACAGACGACACAUGACUAUUUUCUGCUGCUGCCAAAUAUAGACCAGAUCGCUUUCGGCUUAAAGCCCACUGAAAUUGGACUACGAGACAUUAGUUUCUAAGAAUGUGAUUUCGUUUUUCUCUCCUGUUCUCUGCAUCCCAGAGCAUUUUUGUAUAAAGAAUAGAUGGGUUAGAUUUGCCAGAACUUUGCUCAAAAGGAGAGAGAUAUGAGAAGUAGAAAGAAGGUAAUGUUUUAUUUUUCUCUGAACUAACUUGUGUACUUGGGAACUUGUGUAACUUUAGAUGUUAAACUAUGAAUUAAAAAAAGGAACAACCCUUUAUUGCAGCCAAACAUGAGCGGAAUAAGCUGCUUCAUCCAUCAAGAGAGCUUCACAUGAACCCGUUUCAAUGCAUCUAUUUUAAGAUGAGAAUAUCAACAGAAUGAGCACAAUUCUGAAUAUUUAUACCACAUGUGUUUUUUAAAGUUGGCAAUGUUUAAAAAAAGUUUGCAUUUGUUAGGCAUUGUUUGCUUAUUCAAGUCUAAGCUGUUGUGUUGUGUGUGAAGUUAGUGGCUUGCCCAAACCUGUAUUUUUCCACAGCCACUCCUUUAUCUCUCUUUGAAAAUUUAAUGGCAAUGUGAAGUUUAUUCAGAGUGUAGAUGUAUAUUUUUAACAGAUUUGUUAAAAGGUUUAGAAAGAUACUGGUAGUUUUUUUUUUCCUGAAGCACUUGCGAAAUGCUAAUCAAAGCUUCAAAGAGGUUUAUCUUUUGGGCAAAUGAAUCUAUCUAGCUUAAUUUAAAUCACAUUUUUAACAGUCAGACUCUUUGAAUAAAUGUUUUUGGUAAUAAAUAAA